GUCCUUUUUCCCUAACACAAAAUGGCAAGAACUGCUCUUUUGUUUUGCUUAGCCAUCCUAAUAGCUUCGACGACUCUUCUUGAUGCCUUCUCGCCCUCCUUACCCGCAACCAAAGUUCCCGAAACCGUGAAAGAUAUUGAGCCUUAUACCACCAAAGUCGUGAAGAAAUUUUUGGCCGAUCUCGAGAAGAAAUGUCCCAAAACACAAGAGUUUAAAGUGUUCUUCGAGAAACUCAAGACUUCCGCUAAGUACGUUUGCCCGAUCACCAAGGCUCUUGGGACGGAAGACUCCAACAUGAAAGCUAGCGGCAUCUCUCAAGUAUUCUCAGCUUUCUCUACGGGAGAAAACGGGUCCGAAAAAUCGAUGAAGAUGACCAUGAAACAAGAAGAAUUGGAAUCUAUGAAAAUCGUUAACUCCCUCCAAUCGAAGUUUGGUAAGGUCGUGAAGAAGGGCGAUGGAUCGACGAAGCUUACAAAAGAACAACAGAUAGCAAUCAAAGACGCAAUCUUGCAAUGGGAAAAAUCGGCUACUCGAGUCGUGAAGAUUCUAGUAAGGAGAAGCAUAUCUCCACGUAACCCUCGAGAUGGGUAAAAAAAACGAAUUAAUCUCUACCAACAUUUACAAUGACACAUCAAUCAUCAAAUGUAUGGUUUCAUUUCGGUUGUAAUUAUAUCUCAAGUCGAUUAUACACCGAUUUGAACCAGUUUUAGUAAUGUGUAACAACAUUUACAAUGUAUAUUUCUUCUUUUCAAUUAAUUUUUUUGUGUAUCAUAUGAUAUAUAUUCCAAUCCUAUUUAUCAU